AUGGUGAAAAGCGUCAUGGGCGGGGCCCGCAGAUCACUACGAGGUGGAAUUGGAGAUGAAUCCGCCAAUUACCAGUUCAACGCGGGCGCGCAGUUUGUCAAGAUGACAAUGGUGAUCGUAGCACCUUCCACAUACGACGUCGUGUAUUCAAAGGCUGUUCACCUCCCGGCGUUGUCGUUCAAUCCUAUUGUUCAAGGGGCCUCGCUCCGGGAGAUCUACAUCCAGACUAGUUUCGACGAUGCAGUGGAUGUCAAGGUUGCGGUCUUUGACGAUCUCGUUUUCUGGACCUGCAGUUACGUAUGA